AUGGACACUUUCAGAAUGUUGCAAUGUUUGGAAUGGGAGCCAAGUGGAUCUUUCUAUCAAGCGCAUCCAGUUGAAUCCCGUGUGAAUGGUCCAUUUACUGAUCACUCUGUCACUUCUGGGCUAAUUGAUAUAAAUUUGGCUGCUGAAAUGACAGAUCCAACUUUGCCUCCUAACCCGAGGAAGGCUGUUCUUUACCGUCCCUCUGUGACACAAUUGAUAGCUGUUAUUGCUACGAUAUGUGAGGAGCUUCCUCUAGAUAGUGUUAUGCUAAUAUACUUAUCAGCCUCAGGGAAGGUUGGUCAUAGUAGUGCUUCACAAAUGGAAACCUGUGGAACGUCGAAAAAAUCUUCAAGGUCCAAUGUUAGUUCUUAUACUUUGCGUGAACAGAAUGGCUUGCAUAAAAAUCAAGUCAAUGACCAGGAGGACUCAAGUCAUUGUUUUGAGAAUUAUUUGUGGUUAGGUCCUAGCAGAAAUGGAGAUCUAAAUAAUCUCUACCCUGGUGAUAUAAUACCUUUCACCAGAAGACCUCUUUUCUUGAUAAUAGAUAGUGACAAGAGCCAUGUAUUCAAGGUUUUACAUGGUGCAGAAAGGGGGGAAGCAACUGCUAUACUUCUUUCACCCUUGAGGUCGUCAUUUAAAAACCCACGAGGCAGUGAUGCAACACAAAAUGGUAGUCAGUUUACAUUGUUCUUGACUUCUCCUUUGGGUGCAUUCUGCCAAUUGGUUGGCCUCACUUCAUCUGCUGAUGAAACGGGCAUUUACAGUGAUGCUGCACGCGUUAUCUCAGCUGCCUUCUCAGAGUGGGAGGUCAUACUUUGUACAUCAACCAGCCUAGAUCUGGUUUGGGCUCAAGUUUUAUCUGAUCCAUUAUUGCGAAGGCUUAUUCUUAGAUUUAUCUUCUGCCGUUCCGUGCUUACUCUAUUUUGCCCCUGGGAAGAGAGUGAGCAAUAUUUGCCUGUUUGCUUACCCGAACUUCCCAGAUCUGUCUCCCCAAAUUCCAAAGCUGUGCAGUCAGCAAUCCUCCAGCUUGUGAAGCACUUGAAUAAGCAGUUGCAUUGGCUUCAUGGGACUAAAAGUAGGAGAAGAUUAACAGCUGGCAUUUCAGUGGACUUAAAGAAGGUUAAAAGUUGGAGUUUCACUAAUUAUCAUGUGCGUCCCACAAUACAAGGAUUGUUUUCGGUUCUAGUUGGAUGGCUUCUGAUGCUGGGUUUGUUCGUGCAUGAGGGCUUCAUUGGUGAAUUGUGCAUAGAGCUUACUUGGCUUAUUGUUCUGUUUGUUAUAGUUGCUACGGAAUUAUUCAUAAUUUGUUCAUAUCUUUGUAUAAUGGCAGCAGCUGGCUGA